CUUGUGGAUCAUUUGAGAAAUGCGCUGGAUUCUGAAGAUAUACAAGACAUGGUUGAUCGGGAUAAACAAAUCAACCAAUUGAUGAAAAACCUGCUUGUUCCGAUGGCCAAGUGCCAGAUUACCUGCGAUCAAGUGAGGAGCAAGCUGAUUAUGCAUCUUCAGCUUGAAAAGGUAGACGGCUCAAGUAGCAAUGAAAAUGAUGCCUUCGGCAAUAGGAGAAAAGAGAAGGUUCGCAUCUGGGUUCACGAUUGGAUGUGGCCGUUUAGGCGAAAGGGAGUAUUUGCUUUGAUGUCAGAGCUGGAUCGGACAAGGUCGACGUACCCGCCGUCCGACAAGAAGCUUUCGCCCCAUUACACAAAGCAGCGCGGAACCUCGAAAUGGCGACUAUCAAGACAUUAUGUGCGCGGGUGCGAACACAGAGCUGAGGCAUAUCGACGGUCUGACUUAUGAGUCCGUUUUGAGAUGUGCGCAGCGGAACCCUAAAGAUUGGCAUGUCGACCCGAAAUUGGCCUCAUUUUAUAGUUUUUAUUGAGGCAUAAAUGCCCAAUGCAAAUUGACCGAGACAUUAUUAUGAAUGUGGCGCGGUUUUGAGGGAAAGCUCAAGGAAUUAG